AUGCAAGGAUCAAGGAAUAGGAACCAACACAGUGAAGCCGGCAAUAAUACCAUAUGUGCAAAGAAGGGUGGGUGUGGGCAAGCUUCAGGCCAUGCCACAACGGCAACUAGGCCACCGACAUCGUCAUUCGCGCGUGCAUUAUGGAAUUUUUCUUCACAAUGGUUUCUUAUUCCUCAAGGGACCGGCAUCCUAGCUGUGAUCCUUCACCAGCUGGACUAUCAGUUUAGGGGCCUCCCAAUAAUCUCAGUUAUCGUCUGGGUAUACACUAUCGUCUUGCUGGUGAUUGGGUUAUUCCUCUACACGCUCCGAAUACUUCUCUACCGUCGUCACGUCGCUCAUAUGCUAAGAACAAGCAUUAUAGAGACUUCUUGUCUAGCGAGCAUCCCCAUCAUACUUACCACAAUCAUCCAGAUGACUGCCCUAGUACUGGUACGGCAAUGGGGUGCAGCAUGGGGUAUCGUCGCCUACGUUCUAUGGUGGAUCAAUACUGCAAUGGCAGUCGUCGUGGUGAUGGGAAUUCCAUACGUCUUUGUGAAAAUCCAGUCACCAGGUGUUAAGGCGGUCCUACCAGGAGUGCUUCUCCCGCUGAUCUCAACACUCACCUCCGCCGCUGGUGGAGGUGUUAUCUGUCGAUACGGAGCUCUAGGGAGCCGAUUGCAGGUUCCCGUUAUCAUCGUCUCUUUUCUUGAAGUUGGGCUAGGGCUCACGCUAGCAAUCACGUUGACAGAUAUCUUUAUGACAAGGCUCUUCGACCAAAGCUUCCCCGCUGUGGAAGAAAUCUAUCAGGACAUGAUUCUUUGCGGUCCAUUCGGUCAAGCCAGCUUUGCGUUACAGAUUCUCGGACAGGCGGUGUUGCGCGGCGCUUUCGCCGAUUAUGAUCGUGGAACCUUCUUAACGGCUGAGGCUGCUAAGCCCAUUGGGUUCGCUAGCGAACUGGCUGGUCUUCUUGUCUGGGGAUAUGGCACAUUCUGGUGGUGUUUUGCUAUUCUUAGUAUAUCCCAUGCCUUGAUCUCUCGCGUAAGACACCGACAACAGAUUUCCUUCACCUUGGCCACUUGGUCUCUGGUCUUCCCCUGGGUAAGUCUGAAAUACUGCCAGAGCCCUUGA